CAGCUUACAGCUCAUUCAGACAACAGCUCUCUCCAUUCACACACACACAGAGAGAGAGAGAGAGAGAGAGAGGGAUGUAGAGAGAGAGAGAGGGAUGAAGAGGGGGCGUCUGUGCAGGAGCUGGAGCUGAGGAGAGAUGGAUGAACUUCAGGGAUGUAAUUUUAUCAACUAGAGGAUAUAGAAAGAAGAAAUGCUGAGGAACGAAGAAACGCAACCAGUGAAGAGGCUCUGGGAGAAUGUCUAUCAAGCUGGAGAUGGAUUUCGUCUCUGAACCCGAUGAGAAUUCCAGCCUCCAGUACAGUUCAUCGGGGACUGUUCGGGCAGAGACCAGCGAGCCCUACCACAAUGUCUUCAUGCCGAGCAUCUACGGCGUCAUCUGCUUCGUGGGCAUCAUCGGGAACUGCAUCGUCAUCUACACCAUCGUCAAGAAGACCAAGUUCCGGGCUCAGCAGACCGUGCCGGACAUCUUUAUCUUCAGCCUGUCCAUUGUGGACCUCCUGUUCCUGCUGGGCAUGCCGUUCCUCAUCCACCAGCUGGUGGGGAACGGCUCCUGGUGCUUCGGCGCCACCAUGUGCACCGUCAUCACCGCGCUGGACUCCAACAGCCAGACGGUCAGCACCUACAUCCUGACGGUGAUGACGCUGGACCGGUACUUGGCCACGGUGCACCCCAUCCGCUUCAACCACGUACGCACGCCGUGCAUGGCCGUCUCUGUGGUCAGCCUGGUGUGGAUACUGUCCCUGCUGUCCAUCACGCCGGUCUGGAUGUAUGCCGGCCUCAUGCCCUUGAGGGACGGCUCUGUGGGUUGCGCCCUUCUUCUACCCAACCCUUCUACAGACACCUACUGGUUUACCCUUUACCAGUUCGUGCUGACGUUCGCUUUGCCGUUGGUGGUCAUCUGUGUGGUGUUCUUCAAGAUCCUAAAAAACAUGGCCGCCACUGUAGCUCCUCUUCCCCAAAGAAGCCUUCGAGUGCGAACCAGGAAGGUCACGAGAAUGGCCGUCGCCAUCUGCUUGGCGUUCUUCAUCUGCUGGGCACCGUAUUACAUCUUACAGCUGGCACAUCUCGGCGUCCAACGGCCGAGCUUCGCCUUCCUCUGCGCUUACAACAUCGCCAUUAGCAUGGGCUACGCUAACAGCUGCAUCAACCCACUGCUGUACAUCGUACUGAGCGAGACCUUUAAGAGGCAGUUUAUUGUAGCCAUCCGGCCGGGCCACAGGGACAUGAGGGCUGAGCCGGGCAUGGCGGACGGCAGCGUGAGCAUGCGAUUGGCCCCUGACGGAGUCCCGCAGUCCCAGUCCUCCAGAGAGCUUUUGCCCGUCACGGUAGCUGUGCACUGAGGAACGCUAAGCUAAGCUAAGCCAAGCCUCGCUAAGCUUCCCAAAGGAGCUCCACAGGAGGCUCGGAGAGAACGAGACAGAGAGAGAACGAGAGAGAGAGAGAGAGAGAGAGAGAGAGGGCCUUGGAGAACGAGGAUAAAGGAAAAACUAAAAACCAUGCACUGAAUAGAACAUCUUGAAGCCGUCUUUAAUGAGCAUCUUCAAAAGGAGAACCCCCGGAAAGGUGAACACAUAUGCGCUGGUGUGAGCAUUCGCUCAUGCUCCCAAGCGCUGCUUUUCCUUUCUUUCGCUUCUGUGUCGCGUGUUAUAUAAGAGGCCGCUCUUAUCUUGUUCUGCUUGUUUCGAGUGAAUUUUAUUCAAAGACAAUUCGCUCUUCAGAGGCUCCAGAAAGAGAGAGAGAGAGAGAGAGAGAGAGAGAGAGAGAAUCCCGGGAUUAGAUCAGAAGGUGCGGAACCACAACACUGCUCCGCUUUGAAUGUAGGCAAACGCCAUUUCACAAUCUACAUCUUACAUUACCGUCUGGGGAAAAGAUAUAUAUAUAUAUAU